AUGCCGGAAAUUCGCCUGCUCUUACUUUACGCAGCUUUAGUCUUCGCUCCCAGGCCUUCUCUUUCUCGAUCACCUUACGCCCUCCGCAUAAGCUGUGGGGCCCGAGCAGACAUCCGAACAACCCCAACCAACACCCUCUGGUACAAAGAUUUCGCCUACACGGGCGGCAUCCCUGCAAACGCCUCCCGAACGAGCUUCAUCUCCCCCGACCUCCCGACCCUCCGCUACUUCCCCACGUCCGAUGGCCCCGAAAAUUGCUACAACAUUAACCGGGUCCCGCACGGCCACUACCUCGUACGCGUCUUCCUCGGCAUGUUAGAAGACCCGAGCUUCGGCAACGAGCCCCUUUUCGACGUCUCGCUCGAGGGCACACUCAUUUACACUGUCCCUCCGAACUGGAGUAACCGAGACAACGAGGGGGCUUUUGUCGAGGCCCUUGUAUUUUUAAAAGAUGGAACUGCUUCUAUCUGCUUCCACAGCACGGGCCACGGGAGCCCGUCUGUGCUCGCUAUCGAGAUCCUCCAAAUCGAUAACCGAGCCUAUUAUUUCGGCCCAGGAUAUGGCCAGGGCACGAUCCUCCGUACUGUCACGAGGAUAAGCUGCGGUUCGAACAAGCCGAAGUUCGGUGCGGACUACGGUGGGGACUCGUGGGGUGGAGACCGUUUUUGGGAUGGAGUUGACUUGUUUGACCCGCGCUCUGAUCAGCCGUUGACGACCGAGAGUGGGAUUAACGGGGCCUCGCGAGCUCCGAAUUUCUACCCGGAGGCUCUUUAUAAGACGGCGAUCUUGAGUGGGGACGUGAGGCCCGAUUUGGAGUACACAAUGGAUGUGGAGCCUACGAGGAAUUAUUCCCUGUGGCUGCAUUUCGCGGAGAUCGACCCGUCCGUGACGGGGCCAGGGCAGAGGGUGUUCAACGUGCUGAUUAAUGGGGAUGUAUUUUUUCGAGACGUGGAUGUGGUUGGAAUGAGUGGGGGCGUGAAUACCGCGCUCGUUUUGAACACAACUGUGGCUGUUGGAGGGAGGAGAUUGACGGUGACUUUGCAGCCGACAAAAGGGGGUCGUGCAAUAAUUAGUGCUAUCGAGCUUUUGGAGCUCGUUUUGGCCGAGUCGAAGACAUCUCCGGAAGAAAUUAGAGCUUUGCAUAGGAUAAAGGAUGCGCUCGGGCUUCCUCUUCGACUUGGGUGGAAUGGGGACCCUUGUGUUCCCGAGCAGCAUCCGUGGAGUGGAGUGAAUUGUCAAUACGACAGGAACAUCUCAAAGCACGUUAUUGAUGGAUUAGGCCUUGACAACCAAGGUUUGAGUGGUUUCUUACCAAAUGACAUAUUUCGACUCAGUCAUCUUCAAAGCAUAAAUUUGAGUGGGAACAGCAUUUCUGGGGUCAUUCCACCUUCGCUCGGAAAUUUAUCUCGCCUGGAGAUACUGGAUUUGUCGUACAACUUUCUCAACGGAUCCAUUCCCGAAAGCAUCGGACAGCUAACCUUGUUGAGGAUAUUGGACCUCAAUGGCAAUUCAUUGUCAGGAAGAGUUCCAUCAGCACUCGGGGGAAGACUCUUACAUGGAGCUAGCUUCAAUUUUACAGACAACUCAGGUCUAUGUGGCAUCCCUGGAUUACCGCCAUGCGGGACCCAUCUUUCUCCCGGUGCUAUAGUUGGCAUUGGGCUCGGAUCUUGUGUGGCAUUUUUACUCAUUAUCACUUGCUUUACUUGUUGGUGGAAAAGGCGGCAAAAUAUUCUUCGAACUCAGAGAAUUGCAGCGAGAGAUGCUCCUUACGCAAAAGCCAGAACACAUUUCAACCGAGACGUCCAAAUGACCAGACAGCAUGGCCACGAAAAUUCCCGGACAGCAGUGGAAAACGGUCCUAGCUUGCUCGCCUAA